AUGAGUGAUGAAUAUAAACCAGAUGAGUAUCUUCCAACGAUAGAUGUAUGCCCUAAGUUGUUAUUUAAAUGCCUAAGCAAUUAGCAAAAAAUCAGAAAAAUUACUAACAUGAUUUUCAGGCAAUAUUAAGCGUUGCAAACCUUGAACAGGUUACAGUCAAGAAGAUAAGGAAUGCUUUACAAGAGCUAUUUGGAGUGAAUUUAAAACCACAUAAGGUAUGUUAAAUAAGUCAAUUCGGUAUUGAGUUGAAUAUUUUUAUAUUGAAUUUGGCUGAAUCGGAGACUAACAUAUGAUAAUAGAAAGAUAUAAACGAGGUUAUAUUAGAAAGAUACUACGAUCUUGUUAAUAAAAGGAAAGAGGAUACAAGAACGGAAGAAGAAAGAAAAAAAGAAGUAGAAAGACAGGAUGCAUUAAUGGCUGUAAGGCUUCUGAAAUCGAAUCUCAAGGCACCUGUUAAGAGACAGAAGAAAGCAACGCCUAAAAAGACAAAGGAGAAGGAUCCCGCCAAAAACAGAAACAGUGCGUUUUUCCAAGAACAACAUUUGUCAAAUGAACUUGCGGACGUUCUAGGUGUAGAAAAGUGCUCUCGGCCUCAAGUGGUGAAACAACUUUGGACCUAUAUCAAAGAUAAUAAUCUACAGAAUCCCGACGACAAAAGGCAGAUUAUAUGUGAUACUAAACUCCAGGCAUUGUUCAAAAAAAGUAUGUUUUUUUAG